CUUGCGUUCAGCUAGCGUACUCUCUUCCAGUUCUUUCGCUCGAUCCUCGUCUCUCUCCUACUCACCGCUUUCCACCAUUCGCCUGUCACCCCGCGGGCCAUCGUUGAACCUUCGAUAUCACCGUGAUUUGGACAACCGUCUGGGAUACACUUUUUGAGGGGGCGCCGAAGGAGCGAGAGCUUGAGACAGGCAUGGGCAACACAACCUCACAGCAGAUGUCCGAUGGAAUGACGGGCGGCAUCGGCACAGCGCCGCGCCCCACUCCGUCGGGCGCACCCCCGCCGACAUGGGGCAAGGAGCGGGAGUCGCCCACCGCAUCCGUCUCUACCACCCCCACCAAGUCGAAACACACGACCGCGACGACGCCCAUGUCCGUCAUCGGCACCUCCUCGACCGCCGCAGACGCGCAGCGCAACGGGGCGCCCAACGGCCACGCGCCCGAGUCCACUCUGCGGCCGAACCGCAAGUCCAUCGACCUGCCCGGCCUCAACACGUUUGCGUACUCGCCGGCGAUGACGCCGCGCUCACGCGGAUCGCGCAUUAUGGAGCGCGGGCGGUCGUUCGUUGGCCGCGGGGGCAGGCGGGGCGGUGGUGGCAGUUUCGCCAAAACGAACGGCAAGGGCGUGCCGCCACCCCGCAGUGCGGCGAUCGCCAUCCCAGGGCCCGGGCGCCGGCUCUCUGGGGACGAGGAGCAGGAUACUGGGUACGGGCGACACAUGGCCAAUCGCAAGCAUGAGAAGGAUGCGGAGCGCGACCGGGACCGAGACAUUCAGGGCGAUGAGAGACGCAGAGGCCGGACACGGUCGCGCUCACGACCCGGUGUUCCACGCCGUUCCUCAAAUCACCACGACCGAAAUUACCACCACAAAUCCCAACGCCACCACGACUCCCGCUCUCAGUCCUCCGAGCGGGAUCCCCGCGAAACACAUCUGCGUGCGUCGUCCCCAGCCUCGAGGUCCGGGUCAGGGCGAACCGACUCGCCCUCGGCCGUUAGCGACGAAGACCACUUCCGUGGGCGCAGUCCCUCGCGCGGCCGCCCCGAUAGAAACUUCCAAGUGCCGUAUUCGUCACCUGUUGAUAACGAGCAUACCCGAGCGCAUCAAGCAGCGAUGGCGGCCGCCACAGCGACCCCUGUCGGCCCUAGACAUGUCGUGGACUCGAUGGAGUACACGAAUGGCACAGAUCAGAGCACCAGAACAGUGUCGCGCAACGAUUCAGGCGACAUCAUCCGCUCGACGAUCCCUCUCACAUUGGGGCCCUCUGCGCUCAUUGGGAUCGGGCAGGGUGAUCCCGAUGUCGAACAAGAGGAAGGAGAGGACGAGAUUGACACUAGGAGGAAGGUUGCUGAGGCGGUUAUUGACGAGAUUGUUGGCGAUCCGCGAGCGUUGACUCCCGUUACUAUUCCCUGGAGGGGACCUGGAACUGAUGUUUACUUAAUCCGUGCGGGAGACGAGGACUGGUCUCAUCCAACACGGAUGACGAGGGAGUCUCCCGACGAACCGUUCACGACCACUGUGUAUCUGUCACCCGGAACGCAUCAUUUCCGAUUCAUCGUUGAUGGGAACACGCUCGUUGCGCCUUCCAGCGACAUCACCAAUGCCGUCGACGAUCAAGGCUUCAUCGCCAACUAUGUGGCCAUCGUCACCCCGCCGGUCAUCGGCGCCAACGUUCCUCCGGCCGAGCUGAGGGCAGUCACCGCCUCGACGACCUCAGUGAUCCCCCAGUCAUCACGGAUUGAUCCUCCGGCCACGAGCCCGACGGUCAGCCCAACGACCAGCCCCAAGACGCGGAGAGCGCGCAUGGGUCUGCCGCAGGCACCCGGGGAGAGUUUCUGGACGCGCAGCAGCGACACUGACAGCACGGAAAACCUGCAGGACCGAGCGAACGUGACGACGAACGGCCACGAGCUCGGACAGAGCAAGAAGCGGGGGAUCGUGUGGUCGUCUGAGAUUCCUGCUGCGCUCCUGGCGGCUGAGAGGCAGGAAACUGCGUGGUACCAUGCGCAGGAGGAAUACUACAACGGAGGGCAUCCCGUCGUCCUAAAUGGGUUUGAAUCGUUGAACAUCCCGGAACUAUCGGUCCUGCCCCAGCAUCUCAUCAGCCUCAUCCUGAACCGACCGAGUCCGGGAAUCGUCAUCCCUCGCGCUGGGACGGGUGCAGGGAAUUACGGCUUCGUCACCCCGCCACUGACUUCGCCGCAAGCGGGCAACGGGCCGAGGUCCGAGCUUCGAGUAACGACUGCGAGCGGGACGGACGUCACGAAGCCGAUGCAGAGCCUGAUGAUGAGUAGCACGAUUGCUCCCGACACACCGCGGCGGCCGCACCCGCAGUUCAGCGAGGUGGCGCCGUCGCGGGUGUCGAACUCUGCGGGGUCGCCGAACGGCGGCACGCCCCUGAUCGCCGACGACCCGAGUGUGCUGCAGACCCCGUCGCACGCGGUGCUACAUCAUCUGUGUACGACGUCGAUCAAACAUGAGACGAUAGCUGUGGGGAUGUCGACCAGGUAUAGACAAAAAUUCCUCACGACAGUGUAUUACAAGCCUGUGGAUGCCGCUCUUUGGGCUGGCCAGUAGACCUGCAGCCGUCAUCCACUCGUUUGACAGUGAGACGACCGCCCGCCCGACCGCCCGACCGACCGACUGGCCGUUGGUCCUGUAGAAUGUAGACUCGUGUCCUAUUCAGCCUAUGUUUCGUUCAUUGCCCGCAAGCAUCUCUUCUUAUCCCAUUAUCUCGGCUGUCGGCCUGCAUUCGAGCGUAUCCAGACACACACACACCCGAUCGUUUAAAAUUGUAUCCUAGUCACUAUACACGACGGUCCGUCUAUCGAACUAGUUGGAGCCUGACACCGGUCGUUCUGCGUGUGGAGUCCGUCCUGUGAAGAGAGAGCCAGCCAGCCGGGGGUAAGGAGGGCAACUCUAAGAAGCUGUGGUUGCACUCUGACGAAGUGGGAGAGAAGUUUGAUUGUGAUGCCGUGAAGAGCGAUCGCGGCUGCACAGGGCUGACGGAGACCUACAUAUAUGUACCUGACCUUACAGCAGGUAUGAUUCCGCCAGAAGUUCGCGUCAAUAGAGAGACGGACGGACGGACGGACAGCGUCGCGCCGGAUCAUCCCCUGGAACCUUCUCCAGAGCUUGUACACCAGCUGCUGCGGGCGAGAGAAGGCAGACAGCCUGAAGGGAGGCGGCUGGGAGACACACGUUCGCGGCAUCGGAUCGAUAAGCACGUACGCACGCACGCACGGAGCCUUCUGGAUAUUCCAGGCGUCUUCUGCGUCUUCUGCUCUUCCCAGCGCCUGUUCGCGCGAGUGCGAGUGGACGUGGGCGUGGGAGCCGGGAGGGGGCGAUCGUGGCGCGCGUCCACGAUCCACGGCCGCUCGAUCCAGGCCACAGAUAAGCCAGAGAGUAUCUCACAGAACUCGGGGGCUGCUGACAGGCAUGGGUCCUGGGUCUAGAUGAUGAUGACGACGGGUCGUGGUCAUGGGCGGCGGGGGCGUGGCGAGCCUGCGGACGGGUAAUACCUGUGCGGAAUUCACCGAAGAUGCUGCGAGGCAGGUGGUCAUCGAGUAAGAGAGAGAGAGAGGAAGGAAGGAAGGAAUAGUUCCCGUUGCAGCUAGGACCUGAAGGCGCCCGAAAAAUGCCGUAGAGGGAUCGCUGGAAGGAUGAUCUAUCUGAUAGAGUCGCCGCCAACAAGUGAUCUCACAAAAUGAAUCCAGAGUUACAUAAGUCUAACCUUGGAGCACGUCCUGACAUCGUAAAGAUACGCGAUCCGAUGAAAAUCCGAGCGGAUGGAUCGCGUUUGCGCGGAAGUGAGGUGCUGGAACUGGGUGCAAUGGAGAUUGAUCGAUCUUAUCUGAUUACGAGGCAACGGUGAUCGAGCGGGGCAAGUCGGGGUCCGAGCCCCCCGGUAUGCACCGAUAGGAUCAGCUACGCACAGAGGGCAGAAUCCCGGCGAUUGGGAUUCAGAUCCAUAACCGUGCGAUUAUCGGCUCGGUCGGACAGACGCGGUCGACGUGCAUUGAUUGGGAAGUACUUGCGCUGACUAGGGAAAUCAUCCACAACACAAAUCACCGCGGAUCAUCCGAGUCCGUCAUACCCCGCAUUGUGAAUUCCAGGUCCUCCUCCAGCGCCGCGACUGUGACUGCGACUGCGACUAGACCAGAGCCCCAUCUCGCCUCGCACGGUCGGCGUGCCAAGGCCGCGGUGCACCACACCACGCCCCAGCCCACCCGCCACGCAGGUCCUUCGCCAUUGGAGUGAACGCGGGAACGAAAUUCUGAUGCACUGCUGCAUCAGAAGUCGAGGGCCAUGUCAUCUCGGCUGCUGUAGCCUGGACUGCGAGCGGGUUCUGGGCUCGGGCUCUGGAAGGACGCAGGGCCUCGCGGUGGACGCACUUGGGGCUCCACCCCCCAUGUGCAUGCACGGUCGGGAUUCCCGCUGCGCUUCGUUCCAACCUCGGAGAUCGUGUUCGCGAGGCGGUGUUGAUGCUAGGCUAUGCUAUGCCAUCGGGAUUAGCUUUGUCCUCCCCCCCUCUCUGCUGUCGAGUUCGUUUGAUUCAUCCGAGCACCCCACCGUCUGAUGCGGAAGCUCGCGCCACCACUGUCUAAAUGAGCCGCCACUGGAUCCUGAGGUCACGAAUCCUGCGCUUGCAUCAGAAGUCGGUGACUGGUUCUGGCAUCUGUCGUGAUUUGUGAAGCAAGCCAGUGCUAUCGAGGAUUUUACCGGUGUCUCUAUCGAUUCAUGAGUCUGGGAUUCUCAUGAGACGUCGUUUGAUAAGAGGACAAUAGCACGUAAACCCAGUGACGAUACACUUCUCCCUGUCAUCGUUCCAGUCAAAUAUCAAAAGCGACGGAAGAGUGAACACCGCCACAGCUUUCCUGUUUCGGAACCGUUCGCAUACAUGCACAUAUCACGUGCAGCUACACUCCACGCGUCACAGACGAUCCAGUUGAUCAACCCUGCAAAGCGCGAUGCCGUUCGUCCCCCGCGUCUCGCCCCGGAUUGCGGUAGUCCAGUUCCAGCCAAAGAUUGGCCAGAUCCAGGCGAAUAUAGCGAAAGCACGGGAGCUAUGUCGCGGGAUCCCUGCACGGUCGGUGGACCUGGUUUGUCUGCCCGAGAUGUGCUUCAGCGGAUACGUCUUCGAAUCCGCGUCCGCGAUACAACCGCAUCUCGAGACGCCGCGCACGGGCCCUACGUCACGGUUUGCUGCGGAUCUCGCGCGGCGGCUCGAAUGCUACGUCGUGGCGGGGUACCCGGAGCUCAUCACCCCCGAAGAAGCAGAGCGGCACUUCGCACGGACAAGCAGGCGCGUGGUGGGCGCGAAUAGCGCUGUGCUGUGCGACCCGCAGGGGGAGUGGGUCGGCGGGUACCGCAAGACGAAUCUGUUCCACGUCGACGAGACGUGGGCUCUCCCCGGCACCGGGUUCGGGACGUUCCAUCUGCCACCGCCGCUGCACACCGUGGCGCUGGGGAUCUGCAUGGACCUCAACGCGCAGCCCCCGCACGACUGGACGAUCACGCACGGCCCAUUCGAGCUCGCCGCGCACUGCCUCGAGACCCGCGCGAACGUCCUCGUGCUCCUCAAUGCGUGGCUGGACUCUGGCCGGGCGGGCGAGGAGGAGAGCGACAUGCUGACCAUGAAUUUCUGGGCCGAGCGGCUGCGCCCGCUGUGGGUCCCGAAUAGCGUCCCGUCAGAUCCGAAUCCGGGGAACUCCGAGAGUGGGGAACGUCCAGAAACGAUCGUUGUGGUUGCCAAUCGGACUGGCACGGAGAAAGGGACGACCUUCGCUGGAAGCUCGGCUGUGUUCAAGAUGAGGCGCGGCGGAGGAAAGAAAGGGAUCCUGCGUGCUGCGCUGGGGCGAGACGAAGAAGACGUGAUGAUCUGGGAUGACAUCGCUGGCUGUUAGAUUCUGAUAGGCUGUGAUAACACCUCUGAAGACGUGACCUCUUGAACGGCCGGCCUGCCAGUGCUCUGUCUGUGCCUUCGGUUGAUUUGCUUUGAGUGGGCUUGGCCGACGGUGAACCUCAAAAGCUAGGUACAAUAACAGUACUUAUCUCUGCGGUCGGCAUCGCGGAACGAAUGCCGUGGCUACCCAGUUAGACUCGCCUUCGGACCGAGAUUCACCUCAUUGGAGGCUGGUGCUUUGGUGGUUCAAUUGCUUCGUGUGCACUAACUCGGGCGAAAUGAUGGGAGUAGUGCACUCACUUAUCGCCGGUGCGCAUCCCAACGAUCAUCCGUGCACGAAAUCUCUAUCGUUCGGUUCCGGGGAGAGCAAAGCAGCUAAUAGAUGCAGCGCGGGAAUACCCGAGUCCGUCGGCAGGCAAAACGCAUGACAGCUGCGAGGGUUCGACAGGCUCCAGUCGAGCUGACCGGCUUCCUCCACCCCAGCCUGGCGCAAGCAUAACUCCUCCACUUCCACUGGGUUGUUCUGUGACAGGCGUGUUGUUGCGAAGGAUCGGAGCCAUCCCGUCGUCCGAUCAGUGCCCAAACCGGACGGCCACUGUGGUCAGUCAGUUAAGCUCAGCCGCGCGCGGACGCUGGGAGCCGGAGGGAGGGAAAGAUCGUCGUCGUCAGAUCCAUGCUAGACGUUGGUUGGGUCGAUGAAUCCCGGGCUGUGCUAUUCUGAAUCCCGACUCGGAAUUUGAGCGGAGUGAUCCCGCCAUCUAACUCGCGGGCGUGAUUGGACGGAAAUAAAUAAGCGCUAAGCGCUCGCCAAUAUUCACGGGAGAAGGUCUGCGUGUUUGGUUUGGCGCGAUAUGUUCCAGAUUAUCAGAUUUUGCAUGGCAUAUAUAGGUACAGUAGAGUAGACUAGCGAGUAAAAAUCGAGAGGGGUGUGGACAGUGGAACGUACAGUAAAAUACUUGGGGUAUCGAUCAGCCAGUCAGACAGUCGUGAUUGGUCGUUAAGAACGGAACCACUCGUUAAGCCAUCAGGACAUCCAUAUCCUGCAGAGACAUGUCCGGUCGGACGCGGUUGAGUGACCGGAGAUGCGAACUGGCCUGCACGAAGCGACACAGAGCACCUUCGGAGAACACGCUCGUUCCGUCCUCGCAAUCGAGCGACUCGAGUUUCGGACACAGCAUGGGCAAGGCAGCGAGGAAGCCGUCGUCGAGCUCCUCGAACAUCGGGAUGGGCGAUCGGACCAGGCGCAGGGCGGCCACCCUGGGCAGCGCCUUGACCAGGUCGACGAGCGUCUCCGCACCCAGCUCGCGCGGGGCGACACAGAGCGUCUUGGCGGCCUCGGGUGCAGGGUGCACGAACUCCUUGGCAGUCUCGUCGCCCUUCCUCGCGAAGCAGAGCCGGCGCAGGGCCGGUGCGUCGAGCAUCUUGACCAGCGAGACGAGCUGAAUGUCCUCCACCUGGACCGGCUUGUGCACGGGGAUGACAAACUCUUCGAGGAGCGGCAGGUGUAUCGCGGGCUGGUCCUGGUUCACCAGGAGCGAGUCUGCGGGAGCCGUGAUGGCCAGCAGACAGCGCACGAGCUUCGGGCACUGGCUCAGGAUCUCGACCACGUCGUUUUGUGUCAGACACAGCGCACUGCGCCAGUCGUGGGUGCAGGUGAGCGAGAGCUCCUGGAGGUGAGCCCACGGAAGCGCCAGAUGCCGCGGAUUCACGGCCGCUUCAAGCCAGACCCGGUUCAAGUUCGGGUGGCUGAGAAUCGGCAGGUCACGUAAGUGCAAGUUCUGCGCAGAAGGGGAAGUCCGUGCAACGAAGCUCUCGAGGAGGGGAACCUGGGCCGGAGCGAGGUCGAAGGCCGCCUCCGCCAGAACGUCGUUCCCCGUGAUCUCGAGAUUCCGGAGGCGAGGCGCGGUCUUGUAGAGCUGCUGCACGCAGAACGCAGGGUUCGGGUGUGCACCGCCCUUCGCUGCGCUAUCGCCGGCGCCGGAAAACGAGAUGGAUACCGGCCGCGUGCGAUUGCAGUCAAGCCACGAUGCAACCGCGCCCUCGAACCGCUCGCGCAACGCGCUUGGUAGGGCAUCGACACGUGGGAUCUCCACGUUGCUCCACAGCUCCGGCGUUCCCCGGGCAACCUCGCGCCAGUACCGGCACACGCGCGUGAGGACUAGUGGUGCAGAGCACGGGUCGACGCGGGGUCGCUCGGGCAGGCAGGCGACGAAGAUAGUUUGCAGGAUUUCAGGGGGAACCUGGCGCACGGCGGCGACGAGGGCCUCGUGGGCGUCGAUACAGUGCCCGACGUGGCUGCGGCGGGCUUUGAGCGCGUCGAGUAUCGCCUGCGCGGCCGCGAUUUCGGUGUCCAGGGCGGCGGCGGCGCGCCUGGGCUCGACGAGGUACGUCUGGAUGGCGUGGACCUCCUCGGUCGAGGGGCAGUAGUUGGUGUAGAGCUUAUCGGCAAAGGGAGACGGGGGAAACCGGGCAUGCGUGGGGGUCUCCAUGGUGGUGGUGGGAGGAUGGGAGUGUGUAUGGAUGCCAGUCAGUUUUGAAUGCCUUUAGGCGACGAUGCUGGCAUUGCCUACCCGUGACAGCGUGUUGAUGUCAUCGAUUCCCCAUUCGAAUACUGCCCGGAACUUGGCUAGAAGGUAUUUUGGUCGGUGCCUAACACCCAGACGCGGUAGAGUUUACACGCUGUGAAACCCCUGCGACUGGACGCGAUGGUCACGCGGCCUGGCCAAUGCAAUUGUGAGCAGCCCGCGCACCUCGUG